AUGGAGGCUCCAGGCCCCUUGCGCGGGGCACAGCCGUCCGUGGAGUUACAAAAAUUGUUUGCGGACAUAUUUGACAAUGUUCUGUCAGAUUUUAUCAAGCUGUCGCAGCCGGACAGCGUUGGGCAGGCUGAUCGCGAGUCCGCCGACCAGCGCAAGUACCGGCUGCUUCAACACCUCAAUGGCACAAGGCAGCAGCUACUGCGUGCGGUUGCGCUGCUGAACUGGAAGCCGUGGAAGGUGCUAAACGAGCUGGUGGACCAUGACCGGGUGCUGGACGUCGCAGCCAGCCACGUGCGUACCAUGACGGAGGUGGUGCAGCAAAUGCGGCAGCAGGCGGCGGGGAGGAUCAUGGCUGGGUCGUACUUGAACAUGUACGAUGUCAAUACGGCCCUGGAGGUGCUGACAACAGGCACCUACCAGGAGUUGCCCAGCAUCAUCCUCCAGCGGCCGCCUCUCUUCCAGCCGCCGCCUGCCUCGCCUGCUCGGCAGCGCUCCCGUCUAGCGCACGUCACGCACCUCAUAAGGGCGCGGCUAGUGCAGGUGGCGCUGCCGCCCGGGUUGAAGGUUGCCAGUGUCAGCCACGGCACGGCGGUGCUGCAGGCGGAGGGGCUGUAUGAAGCCAAGUUGACGUUGGUGCCUUCGGAGCCGUUGCUUGGAGUUGACGCGGCGCCGGACGCAGCGGCCGGCGGCGGCGGCGAAGCUGGCGGUUCCGGCGGCGGUGCCGGAUACGACUGGACUGCUGCCGGUGCCGCAGCGGCGGCGGCGGACCCCUUGGCUGCGGCGGCGGCGUCACAGCGUUGGAAGUGGCGGCUAAUCCACUUCGUGUUGGCAAUUGGCGUGCCGUUCUAUGAUCCCCGGCAACCGGGCCAGAUUCUCAACACGUGCAAUUUCCAUAUGGUGCUGGCGGCGGACAAUGCCGCGUACCUACGCCGCCAGAGACAGGGCGCCGGCGGCGUCGCAGCCGCUGGCGGCGGCCCCACCGCCAGCACCAUGAGUGAAAGCACCGCCACGCCCGCUGCCAGCGGCCUACAGCUGCCUGGAGCAGCCGCCGCUGGCGGCGGCACCCUAGCAGCUGCCGUACGCCGCUCCGAGGACGACGAGGUAGGCGCGCCGCUGGCGGUUAUGCACGCCAUUCUGACGGACGUGGCGGGACGGCUUUUGGUGGACGAGCUGGCGGCGGCGGCGCGCGCACUGGCGGCGCCGGGCUCCCGCUGGCACGGCCACAUCAGCGUCAAGCCGUCGCAGCUGCUGCACCCCGGCGUGCGCAUCGAGUACUGGACCCAGGCUCCGCAGCUGGUGUCCAACCGCGCGCUGCCGCCGGCCUGCCCCGGGGAGGACUGGCGGUCCGCCAAGCUGGGGCCCCCCUACCUGGAGCUGGGCAUGGGUGAGGGCGGCUGUGUGGAGGUGCUCAACUCCCCCAGCAGCCUGCACAAGCCCAUGUCGCUGUCCAAGCUGCGGCGGCUGGAUACGUUCCGUGUGAACGUGGAGGAGGUGCUCAUGCGCGCGGCCAACAUGACCUCGCAGUUCCAAUUGAUGCAGCUGACUCCCCACUUUCUCGCAUAUGAUUUCCCCAUCCCUGCCCGCGUUUCUUUACUCCCAUUUACCUUCCUCCCCACCCACGCCGGCACCACCCCGUCGGCUUCCGGGGUCGAUCCCCAGAUCCGUCACGAGCUGAAGGUCAUCCUGAUGGAGGCCAAGAGGGCGCCCACCCUGCGUCUCUCCAGUAUCGCACGGCAGCUGUGGUGCCGGGACGGCCAUGUACCUCACCAGCAGUCAGGAGGCACGCAAGAGGACGAGCCGCAGGCAGAUGGGCAGCCCCAGUCCCAGACGCGGGACGGCGGCGAGGCCGCCGGCGCCCUCAGCACCGCCGGAGAGGUGGCUGGCUCCGCGGUGCCGAUGGACUUGGACCCGGCGCCCGACACCUCCGGCGCCGCCGCCGUAGGCGGCGGCGACAGCGGCGGCGCGACGGCGCCGCCGCCGCCGCCACGCAUCCUGCCGCCGACGGCUCCACCGCCUGAGGUGUCGGGGUUGCUGGCUCGUGCGGCGCCGGAGGAGGAGGUGGCGGGUGCUCUGGUGGUCCUAAGCGCGCCGGUGCUGGAGUACCUGGUGUCGGGCACGACGGAGCUCAAGAUUGGAAAGCACUUGUUCAGUGGGCGGCUAACUUUGAGGCCGGGACAGGACGAGCGGGACGAGGGCUCCUUGGACCACGCGGCGACCAUUGCGAUGAAUGAGGACUACGUAAAUCAGGCCGCAAUGGCCGCGUAUAACAGCGCCUCCGCGGAUUCUUGCCCCGCGUGGCGCGCUCUGAAGGAGGCCUGUGUUGCGCUAUGCCACGUGCUGCAGCGCACCCAUACCAGCACUGACGCGACCCACUUCAUCCAGGCGGCUCGGCGCGCGGCGCUGCACAUCAGUCGCCUGCCGCACGGCAUGCUGGAGGCCUUCACCGCGACGACCCCCGGCCUUGCCAUCGAGCCGCGGCCCCGGGAGAAGGUGGCGACGUGGGCCCUACAGUGCGUGCCCUUUCCGCCCAACUUCCCCUCCCUGGAGCCCGUGGCGCCCGACACGCUGCCGCUGCGCAUGCCGCAGUGCCUCACCUUCUUCCUUCAGUCGCGUCUCUCCCUGACCUCACCUCACGUGCUGGUGGUGUGCAGCUGCAACAAGCAGCUCAUGCCCAUCAAGGUAUGGCAGGCCAAUGCCUCUCCACCUCACCAGCGAACUCGCGUCGGGUUUGCCAGUCCACGGCACUCCACGGCACUGCAUGACAGGGCAAAGAAGUACAUCACAUGGCACGAUAUGGCAGCGUACGGCACGGUUCUCUCCUGCAUUCCCGUACCAGCAAGCACAUACCGCCUGCCGGACCACGUCGUGGCGGCGUAUAUGGCCGCCAGCACCGCCGCUCACGGUGGUGGCAGUGGCGGCAGCGGCGGCGGGCACGGCACCGUAAACGAUAACGGCCUACAUUCCCCACAUAGCGGCGGCAACAGCCCCCGGGCUGCCGCCAACGGUCAUGAAGUGGGCGGCGGCCACUCGCCCGAAGCGUCACCUUGGCGAGGUAGUUCAGGCGGGACAGGCGUGGGCGUGUUGCAAGUGCGGUCAACGGCCGGGGGAGGGGGGGGCGGCGGCGGCGGCGGUGCACCGUCCUCUGCGCCGUCAGGGGCGGGGCAAGGUUCCGACGCUGUGGCCACCGCUACGGGCCAGACCAGCGGGGUCCCAUCGCUGCCCGCAGCGGCGUCGCCGCCGUACGCCCACUCGUCGUACUCGCACACGCAGGGACGCAUUCCGUCCACAGGCGCUGCCGCCAACGCGGUUCAUGCGUCGUGCGGGGGUGGUGUCCGUGCCGCUGUGGGCAGCAAACCUGGCGGCGCUAGCGGCCGACCCACGGGUCAGCAGGUGGCCGUCAUGAUUGCGCAACAGCAGCUCAGCAGCGUCGUGCGGUGGUGUCGGCGGCGAAUGGUGUGGGAGGUGCUGCUGGUGCAGCUCAAGGCCGUGGGCGCCACCUUUGUGGAGCUCUGUAACCCGCCGUGUCAGCGGGUGAGGGUCACGGCAGUCGCAGGUACGGCACUGCCGUGCCACAUGGUACGGCGGCGUGGCCUCACACCGCCGCGUGUCGGGCCCACCUGCCUGGAGCUAGAGCUGGGGCCAGACCCACUGGCGGGGCAGGUGACGGCGCGGCUGUACGGCAGGUUCUUGUGCUCUCCGGGUUGCGCGCCGCUGGAUCGCAACACCGCCGCUGCUGCUGGCGGCCCCGGUGCGAGGGCUUUCGCUUCCGCGACGGCGGGUUUCGUGCUGGACGAGCAGGGUGCCCUGGCUGGCGGCGCGACUCACAACGGCAGUAGCGCCAGCGGCGAUCCAGGCUUGGUCUGCUUGCGGCGGCAAUACUGUUUGGAGCGUGGAGAGUCGGCGUUGACGCUGGUGCAGGAGGUGAGCGCGAUCAUUCGCAUGCAGACGCUGCUGGCGAGGCUGGAGAUGACGACGCGGCCGGUCGCAACAACGUCCGCAGCGGGCCGAGGAGGCGUACGGGUGCAGCGGCUGGCAGUCCUAACACCCCCAACGGCAGCUACAGACCCGGCUGCUGUCGACGCCGACGGCCAGGGCCGGCCGCUGCAGCCUAAGACCCCUCUCCAUUCGCAGCAGCUACAACAACCGAUUGGGGGGACUUGUUCCUUCAGGCCCGGUAGCGUGGAUGCAGCGGGCCCUGGGGAAUACGGAGCCGGGGCUGCAGCUUCAUCUUCAUCUUACCACCCACUUCAGCCUGCAGCGAAGCGCAUCAAGACUGAACCAGGGGCUGCAGCGCCAGCGCCCGGUGCGGACCUCGCCUACGGAGAUGGAAGGUGGAGCUCGUGGCAGCAGCAACAGCCUCAGCCUCAGAAACAGUUGCAGCAACAGCAGCAGCCAGGGUUGGCUGGUUACGUCCCUCCCGGUGCCGGGCUACUACCGGCUAAUGGCGUCAUGGACGGCCAUGCAAUGGGUGUCGGACAGGUGCCGGGCCGGCCUGGCUCAUGCGCACCUGGCGCCGCUAGUAGCGGCGGCGCCAAUGGCGGCGGCGGCAGCGCCAGUGGUGUAACAGGGACGGCGAGUUCUGGGCUGACAUGGCACUGGCCUCUGGUCGGUACAUUGACGUUGGAGGAUUACAGCUGCAGUGCGGCGACUCUGCGCGUGACGCCGUGUACGACUGGACCCCGUCAGGGCUCUGCCCCGGCGGCAGCAGACGCAGGGCACAACGCGGUCAUGCCGCCGCCGCCGCUGUUGCUCCACAUGACCUGGGCGCCACGGGAUGUACGGGAUCCGUACGGCGGUACAGGCGGCGCCGGAGGUGGCACCGCAGCAGCGGCUGGCGGCGGCGCGACGCCGGGCACAUCGACCCCGGCGCCGACGCCAGGUGGGAUCAUCGCCUUGCCGCCGUCGCAGCCGUCGCCGUCACCAGCAAUACUGGGAGGCGUGGCGGCGUCGCCGCUGACGGCGGCGACGCCGCCGCAGCCGUACCCGUCAGGGCUGUUGCCGCCGGUGGAUGCUGGCGUACGAACGACACGGCUGGGGCCGCCUCGCUCUCCCGGGGAGCCGUUUGGCAGCCAGUUCUGUGACCUGGUUCUGUGCACCAUCUCCUGUAGCAGCGGCCAUUCGCUACCGCCCGAGUACCUGCAAGUGCUGGAGGAGCUCGCGGAGGCGGGGGAGGAGGGCAAGCUGCUGGACGCAGUAGCUGUGGCGGCCUGGCCGGUAGCGGGCUUCUGCGCCUCGCUGCGUCCCCCGGUGCUGUCCCGGUACGGCCUGUUGCCCGACAUGGACGUUCGUCUGACGAUGCAGCAGCCGCCUUUCUGUUUGCGUAUCGUCUGCAGGAAACGCGGCUCCGGCGGCGGCUCCAGCAACAACGUGUUGAUCAUCGACCUGAUAUGCUUAGCACUGGGCCGCAGCUUCCUGCGGCAGCAGCAACAGCAGCAACAACAACAGCAGCAACAGGGCUUAGGGGCCUUGGAGGCCGCUGCCGGCGGGGCCCCCGAGCGGCAGAGCAUGACGGGGGGUCCCUCCGUCAAGGCGGAGUCAGGGGCCACGUCCGGUGGUGCAGCGGCAGCGGAUGCCGCCUCCACAAGCCAGGCCAUUUUGGCAUCCGUGCAGCAACAGGUACGGGAGCGGCUGGGAGACCGGGUGCAUGACUGCGUGCAGCAGGCAGUGGAAAUCGUGUACGGGGCAUUAGGAUGA